AUUGUGCAUUCAUUGAUUAGAAUCAUAGUUCAAUAUCUUACGCAUGCAGUACCAAUCAGACCACAGCUGAAUCUAUACGCCGUCUUCCACACUGUAAAAAGUGGAACAUCGCUAGGCUGUUAUUCAGUCACUCACCAACACUUUGGUAGAGACACCCCGAUGCAGAGCCUGAUGACGGUUGCGAGUGCGACAUUAAGGAAAUGCCGCUUCACAGGCGAGAUCUAACCCUUCAUGUUAUCACUUCCCUGAAAACGUACAAAUCUCUCACACUAGAACCAUAGAAAAAAAUCAAAGCAGAAAGAAACUGGUCCUCUGAAAGGCCCACGGGGCGCUCUGAGAGCAACCGCGACGAAGGGGGACCGGGCGGGAGUGACAGUUCCUUUUGAAAACGGUUGGCAAAAGCCUGCUUCUCCCAUUAAUUGGUAAGCACGGAAGCCGCACAUCAACUUUUUCAAUUGGGUGUCUACCAUUAAAAACCAGAACAUCCUUUAGUUUCCGCCUAUCAUGGUGCUUUAAUACGAGACAUCAAACUAGACAGCUGGCCGACGAGCUACUCGCGCUAGGCAUUGACACUUUGAGAAAAGUUGGUGCUAUUUCCACCGUGGUUCUGUUUCCAAGCAAAACUAUUGAAAUCCAAGUGUUGAAGAUUUUCUGUCUGAGAAAAUUUUGAAUCGUGCUUCUCUGUCAGAUCCCUGCAUUCAACGCCUGCUGUGCUAGGUCGACACCUCGCGCUGCGUAGCAAUGCUAGGACGCUAGUUGUUGGUCGCGUUUCUGUUCCUUGCGAAUUUGUGUGAGUCUCGCUCUGUCCGACAGAGCGCACAGAAAAAUCCCCGAUUUAACAGUGUUCUGCAGCCACGAAUCCCCAGUCGUUGAGGGAGACUACUGGAAAGAAGGCCUACCGGUGACGAGAAACAGCCUUCCGUCAGUAAGGUCACUAUGGAGUAGACAGUUGCCGACUUUGUGUGUGAUCCUUGAACAAAGGGAGUUUGUAGUAUCCUGUAAACCGAGAGAAAGCGUAUGAUACCUUACAGAGAGAGUGUGUUACCCUUCAAUCCGCGAAAGUGUGUCUUGUCGUUUAACCCCCGAUGAUGCGUAUUAUCUUUUGAACCGAGAGUGCGUAUUAUUACAAUGCGUUCGUUCGUCGUUUUGCUGGUUGCCCUAGCCUGGCAAAUUAUCAGGGAAGAUUUCCCGCCAAACCCGACACCCGUCGUGCUUUCGUGUUCAGCCGUGCGCCUGUUCAAAGCUGCUCAGAUUCUGAGUGGCGUCUUGGAAGCCUCUAAUGCUGCACAGCAGCUCGGGGCACAGCCUGGACAAGCUGCAGGUGGUCUGCCUUUGCUCGUCCACCAGCCAGAGGCGGCGACGACACAAGGGGGAGAUGACGAUGACGAAGAAGAGGGCAACGGGAGGAAAAAAGCUGCAGACGUUGUGAGAGCUGUAGGGAAUGUCGCGUCAACCGUUGCAAGCGGGUUUGGACUGGGUGGCCUUGUCGGCGGAGCAACAAACUUGCUCGCGAAUGCCGUCGCAGGGAAGCCGAAACGACCAAAAAGCGAUGACGACGAUGAUGAAGAGGAGCACCAGCCAAAGUCGAAGAAAAAGAGAAAGAGAGAUGAUGAUGAGGACGACGAUGACGCUGACGAUGAUGGCAACGACGACGAUGACGACGACCAUAAGAAGAAAAAGAAGAAGAAAAAAGACGAUGCUGACGAUGACGGUGACGAUUCCGAUGAAUAAGUCAGAAGCCGAGACAGCCGGCGAUCUAACGGCUGCGAGAACGUACAGUCGGCACAGAAUGAUUUCGAGAGAUGCACCAAAAAAGAAAGUUUUGAAUUUCAAAUCUUCAAACGCUUGCCCCCUCGGAUAAGCGAAAAAUCCUCUCGCUUGGAGAAAUUGUGUCUUUCUGAAAACAAGGAAAGAUCCCGACUUGUCUCUACUUCAUUUGCACAAAUAAAGCAGAUGCGCCGGCAUCGCGUUUGCUCGCAAAAAUACGCACAACAGCCUCUCUGCGAGAUUCGGAUUGUGUGUCCAGAACUGUCUGGAAUCUCAGCCGAACAAGCGAGGUUUACUCUUCGGGAAAAUGACGUCCUCAGAGCGUUCAGGAAUCUUACGUCUUCGCUUCUGUAUGCAGGAUUAUGUGACUUGUGAGUUCGAGGGAGACGCCGCUUCCUCCCAGCAAUACUUUUGUCGACUUUUGCAGUGAAAUGAAAGUGAAGCACGAAAAACUUUGUCGCUAGUUGAUAGGGUGCAACACCGCCCUAACUAGCUAUUGGUCUGAGAGAGCACAGAUCGAAAGAUGAAAUGGUGCCGACCCAGGGACUUCAUUAUCCGAGGUCUUUCGUGCCUUCAUUUGAUGAAUUGUUGCCUCACUUUUUACGUAAUUGGUCACCCACGGAGGCAUAACGGCACGGUGUUCUCUUUAUCAAUCGGCGGAAAUAUCGAAGGUCAGGACUGGAACUACAAGUGCGACAGAAGGACAGCAAAAAAAUACAACGCUGUGCUUUCGGGUGAAUGGGAAAUUAGACAAGGCUGCAACUGCGCCGCUUUGGGGUAGGAGAAUGUACUUGCACGGUCAGAAAGAAACUAUUGGCUUCAUUCCAUCAUUUUUGCCGCUGCAUCCAGAUCAGUAAGUACGUCGCAUGCCACCUAUGAUAUUCUCAGGAAGAGACGCUUUUUUAAAGAUCGGAAGUGGAAAGGCCCGAUAUUCGAGAGCCGAGUCAAUGACAAUGCGUCAAGGUGUGGUCAUUCGGGCGUUUCAACACAAAGUUACUCCAGUCGGUGGUGUUUAAAUUCCUAUGUUGAUCGUCUUCUGCAGUUGGCACUGCUUGUCGCGAUGUGCUGAUGUUUCUUUUGGGCAGCAAAAGUCAAAAACAGAUCUCACAGAAAAUGAGGGAAUUCCGAGGUCUUCCUUUGUGCUUGGAAGAAUCGGAUUCGUUCAAAAGGCCGCAUAUCUUAAGUCCAGCUGGCGUCUGCGGUCGGUGUAUCAGGCGUUGGGUAAUAUUCCACCCGCGCCGUAACAGUACAGCUGCUCUGAAUAAGAACGGCGUUAAAAUCGACAGCCAAGACUGGGACUACAAGUGCUACAGAAAGGCACUUUCGUGCCGCUGCAGAUACUGACAACUCGCCUCUGUGGCGGGCCUUCGUGCAUACCAUUGUGAUGUGACAGUUCCUUUGUGCAUAGCAUCACAAUGGUGGUAGGCAGGUAGAACCUGCUAAUGCAAGGAGCGAUCAAAAGUCGCUUCAUUGAAUCCGUCUGUCCUGAGAAAGUGGAGACAGUGUUUCCCGGUCUCGAUCGGCGACCAGUAACAUUCUUAGAGAAGACUGAUUACCGGUCACUCCUACUGCAGCGUCGGAUCAAACGCCCGGCAGUCCUAUUAAGCCUCUUCUUCCAAGUGGAGUCAAGGAAGCCUGAAUUUCACGAUUGACU